AUGAAAUAACCCAAAUUCCAAAAAAAAGUUGAUGCCACAAAUAGAUACCUAGAUAUCAAUCUAACAGAAAUAGAAAGGGUGGCACGAAAUACAGUGAAACCUAGACUCUCAUAUUAACCAGGGUCUUUGGAGGUAAAAUAAAGUCUCUUGAAACGUUUAAUAAAUAGAUAAUGCUGUUACAAAAUAUAAUCAAAUAUUAAUAACCAGAAUCAAAGAUUACUUCUUUGCAAAAUUAAUCAUCAGAACAUCUGUCCUGCUCUCCUCUAAUUCAUCACUCAUGAUGCACAAAAAAUGUAAUUAAUAAACAGCUAUAGUUUAGACAAGAAAAGCACUAGCUUGUUAGCGGCUAAAGUCAUAAACAUAACAAUUCUUAGAAGCAGAUAAUUAUGUGGUUACAAGUAGGUAGAAGUUUAUGUCCUGCAAUAACUCAUCAAUGCUGAGUAUACAGCCGGUAGGUAAAAUCAGCACAGCCGUGACAAUUAGAUGAAGCAAGCCUAAGCAAAAGUGACUAAAUUGUAGUUAGUCCUCUCCAAAUCAACAUAAAUGAAAAUGGCAGUUGCACAGUGCUACAAAUUAAGAUUAGAACUUAUUUCAAUUACAGAAGCAUCACAAUAAUGA